GGUACCGGGAACCAUUCUUCGUCUGACCGCAGGACGGUGCGCAGCAUUCGCUGAAUUCUGAAUUGUCGCGGAGUUGGUCCUUCGCAAGUCGAUCUAUCCGCUUGCGCUUGGUUCUGUCAGUGACUAGAAACACCUGGUUGUUGUCGGUAACUGGUUAGUGCGCGACCUCCGGAACUACUUAACAGAUUAUACACACAUAGCUGGACACUGUCGGGAAUAGUGUUCUCUUAUUCAAUUGGAUAUUGUGACUUUUUGAGGACUUCAGAUUAGUUGGCUUUGAAUGGACUUGUUGAGCUGAAUCCCUCUGGAAUUUAAUCUGUUUGAGGUAAAUACCAGUUGUCAUCUUGAAUCAGCUUCCUCAUUAGAUAUUUGGCCAAAAGCAUUUCCAAAGUCAACAUCCAUUGCAUGAAUGCAUUCAUUAAAACUCAAAUUGUUGGUGUGAAGAUCAACGGUACCAUGUGAUGUGAGAGAACCAUAAGAUGUUUGGCAACACCACAGUCUCAUCAAGAAGUAGCUCUAGCAGGAGUGGAAACAGCUAUGGAAGAAACUCAUCGAUGCCCUCUCUUCGUAUGCACAACCCCCUGUCGCCCAAAACGUCUUAUAACCCCCUCUUCAGGCAUUCGGAGCAGUUGACAAGUUUCGACGCGUCCAACUUCGUUCUUCAGGAUGAAAAAUGCAAAAGGUUGGAAAAGAAGCGUACGUACCUUAGAAGAUACAAUUCUCACGAGUCGAGCUAUAGUUUCGACAUAAUCAAAGGCGACUCCCAUGAUAACACACCGGAUUCGACAAAAAGUAGAGUUGGAAGUAUCGAGGAGUCGCAUUCUUCUUCUGCAGACAGAAGGAAUGAUAAGGAGUUCAGUGCCAGGGAUUUUCUGGAAAGAUAUUCCCUACCUAGAGUAGUGAAGAUUGAUGGUGGUGAACCCCUACUGUUGUACAGGAGUUUCGAUAGUUUUACCAAGAUUCAAGCAAAGGCUGUGUUUUUCAAAAAAGGAAAAGAGAAAAUCGACGAAAACCUCCUGCACUUUCCAGAGGGUUACUCAGGCUGGUUUUCCCUUCUUAAUGAAAAAGGAGAAAAGCAUGCUGUGGCGCAUUCUUCCAUCCUGCAUCUGGUGAGGGAGCAAGUGUGUUCGUUUUUAGCAGUUCAACCAUUUAGUGCGUAUGCGACGCAAUCAACUGAUCCGGCAGACGUCGAUGGAAAGCUUGCUUAUUUCAAAACCCAGGUUCCAGGUGGUCAAUUAUUUCAGUUAAGAGCAGUGUUCCAACACCAGGAACGAUCAGAUGGAAGUCGAAAAAGUUCAACUAGGUCUUCAAGGAUAUCGAGGUCAUCCAGGGACAGAGAUCUGGCUAACAGAUACGCUCAGCUUGUCAGUCAAACGAAUCAGGAAUUGUACGUACCACUGACAACCAAAGGUGAAUUUUAUGAAACCCAUACGUCCCUAAAGUCUCGACUCUGUUUCCCGGGCAUGUUGGACAAAACAGGACCUCUAGCCUUAGAUAAAGACUGUCUUUAUAAAAUAUCUCACUUGCUGAGAAGGGUACCCCUGCCAGUCAAAGUGAAACUUUUGCACGGUUCCUUACCAGAUGGUAUACCAAAGGAUUUUACAGAUACCUUCUGUUUGGAGAAGAAAUUCCGAGAACCCCUUCUGGUUACCUGCACGUUACCUCCACCAUGGUCGGAUACUCCACAUAAAAUAAGCUGUUACAACAUGAAUUCCAAAAUUAAAAUUGCUAAAUUCACCUUCGGUUUCGACUCCGAAAACAGACUUUUCAAAUCUCAAAGAGUGCAAUCAGCCUUGGCCUUCUGCCACAAAAACGUGGAGACUUGGUAUAAAGAUGUGAAAUUAGUUCCUAAUGUAGAAGAGAAAUACGAAGAAGAAGUAGAUGUGAGAACGAGAAAGUUAGAGGAAGAAAUUUGCGCAGACUGUAAGAAAACCAGACAGCAGUGCGAUGAAACAGAAUGCACUGCCAAAAUUGAGAAUAUAACCAAUAGCGAAAACAAGCAAAUCAUAACUAAAGAAGUGAUGAAUAAAUUUCCUAAACCAAAAAAAUGGUAUCAACAUUUCAAACUGUUGAACACGAAUAACGAAGAAGGAUUCGAAGAGUUGAAAGACCCGAUGGAUGGUAUAGAAAAGAGAAGGAGUAUCGAUAGGUACAAGGACAUGUCGAAACUCAUCGAGGAAAAACUAGGAAGGAAGGGAUACAACCCAGUGAAAAAAUCGGCAAGUUUCAUGUUUUCAACCAAACGUAUCGACUGCGAAGCUGCACAAAAGAAUUCUAAUAAUCCUGCUCUACUGAAAUGCCAGAGUUUAGAUAGCCAAUUGUAUCCAUUGGCGGAAGAAACCAACGAGAAAUGUGGAACGUCAAAAUCGAAUAAGUCAGACAACUUGAGCUACGAAUUUCAGAUGUGUAUCUUAGACUCAAGUACUAGUUCUGGAGAACGGAAAGGGAAGCAAGAAGUCAAUAUCAUUCGUAAAAAUCAGUUUUCCAACGAUAUCAAGAGGAUAAACAUAGAAAAUAGAGUUCCGGGAGGAUUGGAAGGAGGAAAACUGAAGAAAACCAAACCAGAUCUUAUACCAACGUUACCAAAGGAAGAUAUAGUACCGAAUUCUUUCAUAACUGAACGACUUUGUGCAGAAUUCCACGUGAAAACCAAAGUACAAAAGAAAGCGAGUAACAAAUUAGAAACGGGAAUAGGUAUCACCAAGUAUCAAGUUCAUCCUAAAAAAAUUCCUAGUAAUCCUCCCCAGAAGGAGGAAUAUAAAGUAUCAAGAGUGUUACUGAACGUGGAUGACAUUCCUUAUAGUCAUGUGGCAGACGAGGUUUGUAGUUCUCCAUCAGGGAAAAUGGAGAAUAUUUAUGCAGAAAUCUGCGAAACCGAUACUCAGAUGUGCAAUAAAUGUGAUAAUAGAAACUGUGAAUGCAUGAGGACUAAAAGUACCCAAUACUGUUAUGUAAAAUUAGGUUCGAAUGGGGACAGUGUUACACAAUCUGACUCUGACGAUGCAAUUUAUAAUACGUUAAGAUGAAAUUUGUGAAUAUAUAUAGUUUAUGUAUCUAUAGCUACCACUUCCGAAAUCAUUAACUUACCAAUUGUAAAAAUAAAAUUUAUUCGAUAAAUGA